UUUAAACUGUUCGUAAAUUCAACAUCACAAAUAAGAUAUAUAUCUUACUUAAACUAGCUUUAGUUUUCCACCGGAAAUGGCUGACAUGCAUUUGCUGUCAUGUGAUAAACAUUUUUCACAGCACUGAAGUGCGGCGUAGCGUUCUGUUUUCCCAAACUAAGACAUUUUUCUCUUUGCCACAGCUGCUAAAUUGCAGUUAGCUUCAGUUAUGGAAGUGACUGACAGUAGCUUAAUGUAAACGUGUAUUUUUCCCUUCAAGUGUUGAAGAAAAUUCACGGGUAUAACGUGUUUGGAACCUGUCUAUCACCAGCACCAUGGAACCCACAGCCUCCGGAAUGUUCUGUAACAGAAUGCUCAGUAUGGUAAACUCGGAGGAUGUCAACGCCAUCAUCCAAGCCCAGAGGCACAUGCUGGACCGCUUUGAGAAGACCAAUGAGAUGCUAAUCAACUUCAAUGGGCUGUCCAACGUGCGGCUGCUGCAGAUGAACGAACACUUCCUGCUUCACACGCGCACCCUGGUGGAGAUGAAGAAAGACUUGGACAGUAUCUUUAGGAGAAUCAGGACGUUAAAGGGCAAGAUCGCCAAGCAGUACCCAGAGGCCUUCAGCAACGUCCACGAGUCGCCUAUCCUGGAGGAGGACGACGACGAGUUUGAUCUCAUCCCGCCCAGCGUUGCUGCGACGAUCACCACCGCCAUGUCGGAGCAGAGCACAGAGUCAUGUGACACGAGCCCCGAUGUCAUUUCCCCGACCGUGAGCCGGUGUUCCGAAGACCUCUCCCAGGAGCAGGCCGACACGCCUACCUCUGACCCAGCCCUGCCUAGCCCUGAGAUGGGCAUGCUGAGGGAUGAGGGUCCGGACUCAGUGCCUGCAGAGUAGAGCCUUCGUAACCCAGGCCUAGAGCUCUACUUAGUACCUGCGGAGUAGAGCCUUCGUAACCCAGACGUAGAGCUCUAUUCAGUGCCUGUGGAGUAGGGCCUCCGUAACACCGGCCUAUGGCUCUAUUCAGUACCUGCAGUGUAGAGCCUCUGUAACAGAGGCUCAGUAGCUGUAGAUUAGAUACUCCUAUAUACAAAAGUAUGUGGAUACCCCUUCAAAGUAGUGGAUUCAGCUAUUUCAGCCAAACCCUUUGCUGACAGGUGUAUAAAAUCGAGCACACAGCCAUGCAAUCUCCAUAGACAAACAGUGCCAGUAGAAUGGCCUUACUGAAGAGCUCAGUGACUUUCAACAUGGCACCGUCAUA